AUGAUGCAGUCAAGGGAGGAGAUGAGAGAUGAUUCAUCAUCAGGUCUCGUCCUCACCACUGACCCUAAGCCUCGCCUUCGCUGGACCACAGAGCUUCAUGAACGCUUUGUUGACGCCGUCUCUCACCUUGGAGGCCCUGACAAGGCUACACCAAAGACCAUAAUGAGAGUGAUGGGUGUGAAGGGUCUCACGCUUUAUCAUCUCAAGAGCCAUCUUCAGAAGUUCAGGCUUGGAAAGCAGCCUCACAAGGAGCAUACUCAUGGUCACUCCAUUAACAUCAAGGAUGCAAAUAACAGAGCUUCCAUGUUGGAUCUACAGAGAAAUGUUGUAUUCACAACUCCACACAUCACUGCUCGCAAUAUGAACGAGAUGCAAAUGGAAGUUCAAAGAAGAAUAGAGGAAGAAGUGGAAGUAGAAAGACAGGUAAAUCAAAGGAUUGCAGCGCAAGUGAAAUACAUGGAGAGCAUGUUAGAGAAAGCACGUGAAACCCAAGAAGCUAGCCUCACCAAAGACUACUCUGCUCUCUUUUUCGACCGCAACAACACACCAUCCCUCCCAAUCCCAUGGUUUGAGGAUCAUUUUCCCUCAUCUUCCUUGAUGGACUCGACGUUGAAUCUCCCUGACAUCAAUUCCAACUUCUCCUUGCAAGAUUCUCGGAGUUCCAUUGCCAAGACCCAUACGGUUUGUCUCGGUUAG